GAGGAGGGAGCUGUGUGAGGAGGCUCAGUCCGCACAGAGGAGCUGAUCUGAGAGCAGCAGCAGGCUGUGGACACACUGAGGACAGAUCGGAGACACUGAGGACAGAUCAGAGGACAGAUCAGAGGACGGACCGGUGGGACCGGAGACGCUGGUUUGUCUCUGCUCUGAUGGCCGGUGUGUGUGAGCUGCUGCUGCUGUGAAGUUUGAGCCUCAGCCUGUCUCACACUCCUGGAUCUGUUGUUGGACUGUUGUGACGACAGGAUGGUGCUGGACAAGGAGGACAGUGUGUCUCUGGUGUCCCUCCAGUCCAGGGAGAAGUCGCGGGGCUGUGCCGGCUGUAACGGGAAGAUCCGGGACCGUUUCAUGCUGCAGGCGCUGGACAGGUUCUGGCACGAGGACUGUCUGAAGUGCGCCUGCUGUGACUGCCGCCUGGGCCGGGUGGGCUCCACCCUCUACACCCGCGCCAACCUCAUCCUCUGCCGCAGGGACUACCUCAGGCUCUUUGGGGUGACGGGGAACUGUGCAGCCUGCAGUAAGCUGAUCCCUGCCUUUGAGAUGGUGAUGAGAGCCAGAGACAACGUCUACCAUUUAGACUGCUUCGCCUGUCAGCUCUGCCGCCAGAGAUUUUGUGUGGGAGACAAGUUUUUCCUCAAGAACAACAUGAUCCUGUGCCAGCUGGACUACGAAGGAGGCCAUCUUAACGGCAGCGCGGAGAGGCCGCCUCAAUAAGAGAUCAGCGCAGAACGACUGAGAGCCAGCUGGACGAUGAAGCUCACAGCAGCAGAGUCUUCAUCAGUUUCCUGUUUCAGACGUGUUUCCUCUGACUGAACUCUUUGUUAUCGAGCUGCGUGGAAACAUUUCAGACGGGCCAGAGGUCGACCAGGACGUGAGGAUGAGGAGGAUGUUUGAUGUGGAUGAAGAUGCUUCGGCCCUUCGUCUUCUUUUUUAUUUUAACAUCGAACACAUAAUAAUCUGUUCACCAGAGUGGAAAUUACACACCAGCUGGAUGGAGGGAACAAGUCGUCCGUCACAGAGAGAAAUACUGAGCCUGUCUCUGACUGUCAGGUCGCUCUGAACGCCGUCCUCCUCUGUGGUCGACUCCGCCCUCCAAAACAAACUCCGACAUGUUCACAGGUGUAAAUACAGCUCCAGGUCCUUCGUCUCUCUGAGGACUGGACUGAACGGAGCUUUGAACCCGACACACUUCAGUUUUCACUCUGAUCUCAAACUGUUUUUUUCUUCUUGACUAAUUAAAGUGAAUUUUAAUUUCA